AACUGUCUGCCAUUUACAGCUUCCUCAGUCUGACGCCAUGGCGACCAUGUUGGAGGCGCUGCAACCGCAUCCAGAAGACCGCCUCCAUCUCCGACUACACCGCGCACGCUCAGUCAUUUUGACAAGCCAGGAACUCGUGGAGAUUCGCGCUGCUCAACGCACCUUCGAAGGCGCCUACAUGCGCACCGCCCUCUCCCAGUUUUCCUUCGCCCUCGUCGUCCUUCGCAUCUUCACCUCCGAGUUCUACCCCAUCGGCGCCCUGCUGGCAUGUUAUGGCGCUGCCGUGCUGUUGGUGGCCGUGUACCGGCGGUACGAGGGCAACAGACAUAUUGACGACCAGACGGAUGGGAUGGGGAAUGCAAGGCAGGUCGUGGUGAAGAAGAAGUUUAGGACGAGUGGGAAUAGCGUGGGCUUGUUGGUCGGGUUGAGUCUGGUGAGCUAUGGCGCCAUGAUAGUGCUGUUGUGGAAAUUGGUUGGGUGA